GAGGAUCUGCUGUAACUUAAUCUCUGCUCCGCUGCAGGUUUUCAGUCUGAAAGCAGCUUUGUUCUCUGGCUGCAGAUCAGCGUCACACUGACCCAGUAAGACCAGUAAGAGCCAAACAGAACCACAGCAUGUGACAGAACCUUGGCUUUCUGAUCCAGACUCACGCAGAACCAACAGAACCAGCCGGUCGGACCCGUGGUUCUUCUCCUGAGCAGCUGGAGGAGCAUCUGCAGGGAUCCGUUAACCUUUCCCUGCGACCUCCCACUUCAUCAGACGUGUUGACAUGUGGUCUCUACGUGGAGCGCGACCUCGACAGGCGGCAGGGGUCAGAGCUGGAGAUGUUCCUGAAGCUGCACCAGUUCACCGAGUGGCCAGCAGAGGGCAGCGAUGCUCCGCUUCAACAGCACCGAGCUGCAGUCUCUGCUACUCUCCGUCCUGCAGCACUGCCUCAACAGCAGCGGCCUCCAGCCGCCCGGGAACCACACUACCCAUUAUGCUUUGCAGCAAGCGGCGGCCUCCGCCAGGGGGCGCCCUCAGCCUGAGGAGCUGAUGUUCAUCCUGCUGGUGGUCGGCCUCUUCAGCUUCUUCACCUUCGGCAUCAUGCUGAGCUACAUCCGCUCCAGGAAGCUGGAGAGCUCCCAGGACCCGUACCACCAGUACAUCGCCCACGACUGGAGCGCCGUGGCGGGGCCGCCCAGGGCCGUAGCCGAGGCGCUGCAGCGGGGGGCCCAGGACCCGGUGGUCCUCUGCAACCCUGCGGCUCUGCAGCCGCUGCCGGAAUAAACCGACGACGAUUCUCCAGGCCUGGAGGAUCAUCUGAGGAUGACACAGCCACCCUGCUGCCACCGGACAGUAAAACAGCCUCUCAGCAUGAUGGUGACCCCACCAUGCUUGACACUGUAUGUCAAAAAGUGGGAUACUGGGAAGAUUUUAAAUAAAUAAUCUUUAAUGUCUCACAGCAACCAAACAUUAGUGUUUGCUCUGUUUUUUCCUUCUGGAUUCUUCUCACCUCAUUCGCUAUGUUUACAAGUGUCACGCAAAUUAUGAGUGAACUUUUAAAAAGCUGCAAAAAAAAGUGAAUUCUGCAUGUUUCCAUCUACAGGGUAUGAAGAGUAAUUUAUUCAGAUGUUGAUGCUUCGCGUGGCUGGAAUAAACACGAAGUAGAGGAAAACCACGCUGAAGAUUGGGACCAUUUCCUCUGGUAAGGCACGGACCCACCAGUGGUUCAUCUGUGCCUUACCAGAGGAACAAAACAAGGAGAAAAAGAACAAAUCCAGAUUCUCUCCUUUAUAUUCAGAGAUGUGGUUUAUGUUAGUUAGUUACUUCCUGUUUGCUGCAGACAAGCGUAACGUCAACAUGUGACGAAGUGACAUGUCCUGGUUGAUUCACUCUAAACCAGUAGGUGGAAACACGGCUAAUUCACUUUUAUUUUUAUUUUUUGAAACUCUAAACUUUAAAAGUUUGCUCUAAAUUCCUCAGAUGGAAACAAAACUAAUGACGACGCAACGUUCGGUACCAGAGAGACCUUCAGUCUGUGUGCAAAGGAGCAUUAGAACGGAUCAUGUUAAUGAUCAUCAAAUUAAUUCAAUAAGAAUUGUCCAUACAGCAACAAUAUCCUGGUUUGAUGAUAAAACUUAUUCUUUGUUUUCCUCUUGUGUUUUAGUUUAAUUUCCCUUUUAAAGGUGAAUAAAGCAGCGGCUGGUCGGAG